ACUCAGGUGUGUCUGCUGCUCAGUUUUAUCACUGUGUGUGUUGCUCUGAGUUUGCAAUAUCCAAGUUUUCUACAAGGUUGACUAUGGCAGCCGUAAACCAACCUCCACCAGGUCAUCCAGGACCAGAAGGUGGGAACCUACACUCCCGCCCCAACAGCUAUGUACCAAAUUCUGGACAGCAGGAUCCAGGAAUGCAUGGCAUCAGCCAGGACCCAGGACAUUCAUCCUAUCCCCAACACAAUGUCUCUGCCCGGCCCAUCUUCUACAAACCUGCUCUGCCUCCACCCCCUUUCCUCCAGUACCAGUGGCCCAUGCCCUUCUCCUAUAAUCCCCUUGCUGGCUUCUCAGGCAUGGGCUAUGGUAUGGUCAUGCCCCCAUUCCCUCCUCCCCUAUACAUGGAGGCUCCAGCCUAUACUUUGCCCCACCCGCACAUCCAACCAGUGGAUUACAGACGCUUGCUCCACCCCCAGGUCUAUGCUCCCUAUGCACCCUACCAGAAUCCUCACCAGACCUGCAGAACUCGUCCACCUCACACUGUCCCUGUUAGAGAAACUGUGAACUCUGCAGUUCAAACUGAACCAACACAGAGAGGCACGGGUGGUUACGGUGUUGGGAGCCCACCCAGCAGAUCAGAUUCUGGACAUGAAACCUCUUCAAACUCUCAGUCAUCCUCAAAUCCUAAACAAAAACAAGGUUCUACUGAGGUUGAGAACCAUACCUUACCCAGCAGUAAUGCAAAAGACUUGCAGGUUCACAGCACCUGCAAAAAUGGCACAGUCAAACACAGGUUUAAUACCCCACAUCCUACAGGGACAAAGACUGUCCAAUCACAUAUCAGAGCAACUGUAGAAACGCACAAGUGCCGUAAAGACAGUGUUGAUCAGGAGAACGUUAUCCCUUUGAGAAAUGGUCACUGUAAUAUGUGGUCAGAGAGUACUCCAGAAAAUAUGGUUCCUGUGUGUAGCUCUUCUCAACAGGAGGAUGAGGUUGUCAAAGAGAGACGCGUCUCUGUUCCUGACAUUCUGAUGAGUUGGGGAGGCUGCUCACCAGAGGAAAUUAUCCUGAAAAUGACAGACAAGGUGCUGCCUCACAAUGAACACCAGCUGCCGUCUUACGAAACUGAAGUAGAGCAUGGAAAGUCAGUUUACCAGAGUCCAACUGAGCCCAAGAAUGGUCCAGUAGUGGCUGAUGGUGUUGAGGCUAAUGAUGAUGCUGAAAAUAUCUUAAGUUCAGUGAAAGACUGGAAAACCCGCUGCCAGAUCCUCAAACUGCCUUUUGUUCUUCGUGAACUUUUGUCAGACUCUAGAAGAGAAAAUGGACCUGUAAGACGAGGCCUACCCCACACUGAUGAACCGUUGCAUUCCCUAAACAAAUCCCAUACUCCUCCUGAUGACGAGCAAGAAAAUUGCAAUGAGACAAAUCCACAUGAAGACACUACAGAGAUCAUUCCCUGUUCAAUGUUUUUAAGUAGCUGUUCGACGAGGGGAAAAAUGAAUGAGUCUGUGUGGUCUGUGGAGUCUCUAGCCCCCUUUAUCCCCACUAAGGAGUCGAGUCUGCAGAAAGGCAUGUUUGAACCUGAAGUAAUCAUUGAGAUGACGGAGGAAGCUGAAGAUGGUAGGCUGCUGACCAAAAGUGACAACCUAUUUGUCAAAUCUAGUAAAGAAAGGAGGCAGUCUCGCAGGGUUUCCUCUUCUGACUCUGUUCCGAUGUCAGACAGUUGGCUCAUUUACAGUACCCCACCUGGGAAGGCAAGUCCCUCAAAGAAUCGAGAAAUGGAGAUUGGAACGGAUGCUUCAGAAGGUGGGGAACCAAAGCAAUGCCAGAGCACAGCCCCUUUAGAAAGGGAUCCCUUAGCUUCCCCAACCCACCUGUCGAGUAAAAGAAUUUUAUUUACCCCCACUGACAAGCACUUGGACGAAAAUGGAUCUGCUGAACCGGUGGCUAUUCAAAGCCCAAACCAGGAGUCUGUCAUUGUAAAUAAGCAACAAGAGAAAAGCCCCUGCUCCCCUGAACAGGAAGAGGCACUCCUAUUGAAUUAUGUGGCAGGGGAGGAGGUCUCAUGUACAGACCGUCCGAUUCUCCAAAAAGCUGACAGGGAGGCGGAGGAUGAAAAAUGUGGGAACGAAGAACUCAGUCAGCUGAGUAACGGGCAACUGUGUGUCCCAAUGGCUGACCAAAUGAUGGCCAAAGUGUCUCCAAAGGGCCAUUUAGUGGACUGUGGCAUCCAGUGUUCAGAAUUACAGGAUUGUUUAUGUGAGGAAUUGAAGAGCAGCAUGGGACCAAGCAGAAGGCACCCUUACAAAUAUUCAGAUAACAAGAAAACAAAUGGUUGCAAGGCUGACGGAUUGUACACGAAUGGACACAGGCAAAAUACCCAAAAGAGACACAGUCUGUGGAGGAACCGAAGUCAAGAAAAGCAGAGCAACCAGCAAGAAGCCUACAGCGGCUUCUGUGGAAAACCUAGCAAACCGAAAGGUGGAAAUGGAAGGAACCCACGGUUCUGAGCACUUGCUGCACUCAACAGGACAACGCUUGGUUUUAUAUAAUCUAUUUAAUAUUAAAAUGAAUUUCAAAUUAAAACUUAA